UAAAUUUUAUGUGUAGUAUGAUGUUCAUCAAUUUUAAAUUUUUAAGGUAGGUAUCUGCCAUACCAAAUAGUACUAAUUUUAUACAAAUCCCCUCCUCAUUAAAAACAAUAUGGAAUGGAGGAGUGAGAAAAAGGAGAGAAUUAGAGAGUGAAAGUGGAGCAUCUAUAUGUAAUUGUAAUGUAUUUAUGUAUGUAUGUAUGAAUCUUUUUCUAAGUAGUGACAACAAAAUCCUUUUUCCUUCUCUUACUCUUACCACUUCUUCUUCUUCCUCCUCUCUCUCUCUCUCUCUCUCCCCCCCAUGGCGUCAGGACCAGCAGAAGAUCAGCUCCCUCAACAACCACCUCUUCAAUACCAGACAUGGGUUCUGAGAGUUUCAAUUCAUUGCCAAGGCUGCAAAAGAAAGGUCAAGAAAGUCCUCCAAAGCAUCGAAGGUGUUUACACAACAAAUAUCGACACUCAGCUUCAGAAAGUUACAGUCACAGGCAACAUUGACGCACAAACCCUCAUCAAGAAACUCGUCAAGACCGGAAAACACGCCGAGCUCUGGCCGGAAAAGCCGCCCGCCGCCAGAGAGAGGAAGCCCGGCGGCGGAGAAAAUAGCGACGCCGACGACGAAGACAAUCCCGGCGACGACCGCAACCCUAAUCACGCUAAGAUCACUUCUCCCAGAAUUCAUGGCGGCGGAGCAUCUGUCAAGUUCGUCGGACUCGAUUCUGCCGACAACAAGCCGCCGCCGCCGCCGGAGACUCUCUCUGUUUCUAUCCCCGCCUUGGAGAAACCUCCGGCGGGCCACGACCCCGGCGGCGGGGCAGGAGGGCAGAGUGGUAAGAAGAAGAAGAAGAAAAGGAAGGGGAAGAAGGGGAAUGCGGGUAGUGGUGGCGGCGGCGGAGGGGUCACGGCGGCGGCGGAAGGUGGUCCGAAGGUGGGGUUUGCGGCGGCGGCGGCGGUUGAGCAGAUGAAUCCAGGCGGGCAGACGUGUGAGAGCGUGGUGUGCCAUUAUCCAGCGCAGCAGGGGUACGUGGUGAGCUACAGCGCGGCGAAUCCGGCGGGCGGCGGUGCGGCGGCGGCGGCGGCGUCGUACUACAGGCCUCCAUCGGCGUACACGUAUGCGUCGGAGAGUUAUGUGAUGCGAUCUACGCCGUUGGAUUCGUUGGAGAUUUUGAGCGAUGAGAACCCUAAUGGAUGCUCUAUUGUGUGAGUGACAGAUGAAUAUUUACUGUAAAACCCAAAUUUUGAAAUAUUGUCACCUAUCACAAUAUCCUCCAUCCUUAACGUUUUUAUUUUUAUUUUUAUUUUUAUAUUAUUAUCUAUUUAUCCA